AUGAAACUUUCAACUGGAAUCAGCGUGAUUUUGGCAAACCGGGCAGUUGCUUUCAAUUUGCAUAAAUCCCACAUUGACUAUAACUCAGCUCCUCCAAACCUUUCUACCUUGCCAAAUGCAUCCCUUUUCGAUACAUGGAGACCUAGAGCCCACCUCCUCCCUCCAUCUGGGAAGAUAGGCGACCCGUGCGGGCAAUACACCGAUCCUAAGACUGGUCUCUUCCAUGUGGGUUGGCUUCAUGAUGGAAUUGCAGGGGCUACAACCGAUGAUCUCGCUACCUAUCAAGACCUUAAUCCCAAUGGAGCCCCGUCGAUUAUUGCGGGAGGAAAAAAUGACCCCCUUGCUGUCUUUGAUGGCUCUGUCAUUCCGAACGGCAUCGACGGUAUGCCAACUCUUUUAUACACUUCUGUAUCGUAUCUACCAAUACACUGGUCUAUCCCCUACACCCGGGGAAGCGAGACACAAUCAUUGGCCGUUUCCUAUGACGGUGGGCGCAACUUCACCAAGCUCAGCCAAGGCCCCAUGAUCCCCUCGCCUCCGUUUGCUGUCAAUGUCACUGCUUUCCGUGACCCCUACGCUUUCCAGAGCCCGGUUUUGGACAAAGCUAUCAACAGUACUCAGGGAACCUGGUAUAGCGCUAUCUCUGGUGGUGUCCACGACGUCGGACCUUGCCAGUUUCUCUACCGCCAGCAUGACACGGAUUUCCAGUAUUGGGAAUAUCUCGGCCAAUGGUGGAAUGAGCCUGUCAAUACAACCUGGGGAAAUGGUGACUGGGCCGGAGGAUGGGGCUUCAACUUCGAGGUUGGCAAUGUGUUCAGUUUGAAUACAGACGGGUACAGCGAGAACGGCGAAGUCUUUAUGACCCUCGGUACUGAAGGCUCGGAAGCUCCCAUUCUUCCUCAAGUCUCUUCAAUUCAUGAUAUGCUGUGGGUAGCUGGAAAUAUCACAAAUGAUGGCUCCCUCGCCUUCAACCCAACCAUGGCUGGUGUGCUUGACUGGGGCCUGUCGGCGUAUGCUGCUGCAGGCAAGGUCUUGCCAGCGAGCUCUCAGGCGGCCGCAAAGAGCGGUGCUCCUGAUCGUUUCAUUUCUUACCUUUGGCUUACUGGAGAUCUAUAUGAGCUAGCGAAAGGAUUCCCUACCGCUCAACAAAACUGGACAGGGACUCUCUUGCUACCGCGGGAGCUUAAUGUGCGUACUAUCCCAAACGUGGUGGAUAACGAACUUUCCCGCGAGUCCUUGGCAUCGUGGCGCGUGUCCCGCGAAGGUACCGGUGAUGUUGACCUUCAGACGAUGGGAAUUUCAAUUGCAAGGGAGACUUACAGUGCUCUCACAUCCGGCCCAUCUUUUGUUGAGUCUGGUAAAACGUUAUCGAAGGCAGGGUUGGUGGCAUUCAACACCUCUCCCUCAAGCAAGUUCUUCGCUCUGGCAGCGAAUAUCUCUUUUCCGGUCUCCGCUCGUGACUCCGGUAUUCAAGCUGGGUUCCAGGUGUUGUCCUCUGGUCUUGAGUCUACAACUAUCUACUAUCAAUUCUCCAACGAGUCCAUCAUCAUCGACCGCAGCAACACAAGUGCCGCAGCAAAAACAACUGAUGGAAUUCUCAGUGACAAUGAGGCGGGUCGUCUGCGCCUGUUUGACGUCUUGGAAAAUGAAAAAGAACGAAUCGAGACGUUGGAGCUCACCGUUGUGGUGGACAAUGGAGUACUGGAAGUAUAUGCUAAUGGACGGUUUGCUCUGAGCACUUGGACUCGGUCUUGGUACGCCAACUCGACUGAAAUUCAGUUUUUCCAUAACGGGGUGGGAGAAGCAACAUUUGGAGAUGUAACAGUUUUUGAAGGAUUGUAUGACGCCUGGCCACAAAGGAGGUGA